ACUCUCUGUCAAGUUAGCUUGAAAGAAGAAAGCAUUAAACAGGCAAGAGGUUGGGCUAGCUUUUUCAUGAAAAGACAAGCAAGGCCUUUUAACUUAGAAAACCAAAUUAAUGGGUCGACCACCACCAGAUUUUAUCAGGAGGAAAGAAGGCUAGCUAGUGACAUCAAGCAUUGGUCCACACAAGCAAACUUGGAUUCACCAAAGGCCUAUAUAUCUUUGGAUGUGAACUCCAUGGAGUCACAACUACUUGAAGGAUUACCACUUAUUAGGAUUAACUCGCAGCCAGUCUCAACUGAUCUCCGUCUCAGAAAGUCUAGAAUAAGGUUCAAGUUAAGUUGUUGGACAAAUGGAGGUGAAGCAAGGAAUUACAGUAACAAAAACCAAGCUGCAGUCUCAGAAUUUUGAUGAGAUAGGUGAAGAUGUAUCCAGAUCAACGUCAACCCAACUUUCCAUAUCCAUCCCUGCAAAGAAAGAUGCUAGCAGCAGCAAAACCUUGAGCAUAACUGGACAAGUUGACAGUCACAGUGAACCUGAGGAUGGAAGCAGAACAGCAAGAAAGCGAAGCCUUGGAAUGAAAAUGGACUCAUCAAGCGAAAAACUUAUCCAUAAAACGAAGUCACUGAGUGCCCAUUUUCUUGUGGAUAUAGAUAAAGUUAUCAAAAAUGACACUGGAAGCUUUGGAGAAACAAGUUCUAUGCAUGAUGGAGCUUCUAGAAGCCAUUUGGGCUUCUCCUUCUCACUUGCUGGAGCAACCGUGGGUUUUGAUGAUAUCUCAGAUGUUAGGAGACUGAAGAAAACCAAACACAAUGACAAUGCAGUAGCCGACUUCCCCUUAUCUUAUGAUGAUGAUGAUGAUGAUGAUGAUGAUGAUCAAGAUCAAUGCAAUUGGAAGAAAAUUCAAAUUGAACCUACUUUGCCCAUAUGUCUAAAGUUCCAAGAUGUGAGAUACAAGGUGGCGCUGAAUGGAAGGAGGAGCUCUGAUGCUGAGAAAUACAUACUCCAUGGAGUUACAGGUUCGGUGCACCCAGGAGAGGUGCUUGCUCUGAUGGGACCAUCAGGAGGUGGGAAAACAACAUUGCUUAAUCUUCUUAGUGGAAGAGUGAAAACGGACGAUGUUAGCUGCAGCAUUACUUACAAUGACCAACCAUAUUCCAAGUCAUUAAAGCGAAGGAUUGGUUUUGUGAUGCAAGAUGACGUGGCUUUUCCUCAUCUCACGGUGAAAGAGACUCUAACGUAUGCUGCUCUCCUACGUCUCCCCAACACACUAACCAAACAACAAAAAGAAGAAAGAGCUAUGAACGUGAUCAGCGAACUUGACCUUGAAAGGUGCCAGAAUACGAUAAUUGGAGGGUCAUUCGUGAGGGGGAUUUCAGGUGGGGAAAGAAAAAGGGUCUGCAUCGGCAAUGAAAUCUUGCUGAACCCAUCACUUCUUUUCCUAGACGAACCAACCUCUGGUCUAGACUCAACUACAGCUCUUAGAAUAGUUCAAAUGCUACACAAUAUUGCAAAGGCUGGCAAAACAGUAGUGACUACAAUUCAUCAGCCAUCAAGCAGACUAUUCAACAAGUUCGAUAAGUUAAUUCUCUUGAGCAGAGGCAAUUCAUUGUACUUCGGAAAAGCCUCUGAAGCUAUGCUGUAUUUCUCUUCAAUUGGUUGCUCUCCUCUGAUAGUUAUGAACCCAGCAGAGUUCUUAAUUGAUCUUGCAAACGGGAACAUAAAUGACAAAUCAAUCCCAUCUGUUCUGGAGGAUAAAAUCUUACUUGGAAGCCAAUUUCCUGAAAAACAAGAUGGAAGGCCAUCCCCUGUGGACGUCCAUGAGUAUCUUGUAGGUGCUUAUGAAACAAGAGUUGCAAAUAUAGAGAAGCAGAAGCUUCUGAAACCUGUGAUGGUUGAUAGUGAGUCAGAGAUACAGGGAAUGUCACAUUCAAUAGAUUGGGGAGCAUCCUGGUGGGAGCAGUAUUCAAUUCUUUUCAGGAGAGGUCUCAAAGAGAGGCGCCAUGAAUAUUUAAGCUGCUUACGAGUCACCCAAGUUGUAUCCACUGCGAUAAUAAUAGGACUCCUCUGGUGGCAUUCUGAUGCUUCAUCUCCCAAAAGGCUGCAAGAUCAGGCAGGGCUGCUGUUCUUCAUUUCUGUAUUCUGGGGAUUCUUUCCUGUAUUCACAGCCAUCUUCACAUUUCCACAAGAAAGAGCAAUGCUUGCAAAAGAGAGAGCAGUAGGAAUGUACAAGCUUAGCGCCUACUUCAUAGCCAGAAACGCAAGCGAUCUUCCUUUAGAUCUCAUUCUUCCUAUUGUGUUCUUGGUGAUAGUCUACUUCAUGGUCGGAUUAAAGCAAACCUUUUCUGCAUUUUCCUUAAGCAUGCUUACAUUAUUCCUCACCAUUGUGUCUGCUCAGGGUCUGGGAUUGGCCAUAGGUGCAGCAUUCAUGGAUGUGAAGAAAGCAACAACAUUGGCUUCAGUUCUUGUUAUGACCUUCAUGUUAGCUGGUGGUUUCUUCGUUCAGAAGGUCCCAUCUUUUAUGUCUUGGAUACGCUACAUCUCCAUCAACUAUCACACAUACAGACUACUUCUUAAGAUCCAGUACAGUUGCUCUGGUUCGGGUCAUGGAUCGGCUGCAUGUGAUUCCCCCUUCAUUAAGGGACUUAAAAUUGAUGAUGGUGGGAAGGAAGCAGGGGCCAUGAUUACAAUGAUUUUUGGGUAUCGAUUAUUAGCGUAUUUGUUUCUACGGGGAAUCAAACUUAGGAAAAGAGAUUAGACCACGGACCAAACUGUUAGAUCAGUAGUAAAGAUGAAGAUGUUUCUUUGUUAUUCUUUUACAAGGUUUCAAGGAAUUAGUGAUUGUUCCAAGAAUGAUUGGUUCUCUGCCGUGAAGCUUCUGCAUUAAUAUUAAACUUUGUGCUAUUGUAUGUUCUUUUUA